GUCUCGUUUGGGAUGACGAGUACCCUGUGCAUCUACUUAGCUGUGUAUGGGAUGUGAAAGUUGAAGUUGGCUAUCAAAGAUGACUAGAAAAUUGUCCAAGGAGGAAAUCAAGGACAAACUAGAUGGAGAGGAACUAGACUUGAGUCUGUGCAAUUUGGCAAAAGUACCAAUACGAGAAAUGGUGAGCGUUUUUAACUUCCGAUCGAAAGAUCAGUGACUUCAGAGACCACGCGCAAAUUUCCAUUUAUUUUUAUAGUGCUAACUGUCUGCUGUAAAUUUAUUUUUAACGUUGAUUCUUUUAAUUUUUGGAGUGAAUAGGCAUUUAUCUUCCUAGUCUUCUUAUGUGCGGCAAACUUUUCCUGUAGGGUUCUAUUUAAAGAGAAAAAGGUUGAUACAUUCUAAAACCAUUACUCACUCUAUUACCGAGUAUCUUCAAGUUAGGAGAUAAAUUGAUAGGGUACUAAAUGACGAUCAAUGUAUGUAGGAGGUCGCUAGCAUAUCAGUCAAAUAGUUUCAUAGAUAUUUAAGUGCAUAAAAACAUAUUAAGACACAUCUGAGAGAUGAUAGAAUUGUUCGGCCACUUUUACUGAGUCUUCCCGAGCGCGUUGAUUUUCUCACAGAUGUGUUGCUUGAAAAACCUAUCUCAAUCGACUUGCUUGUAGCGCGCAAAUCCGGUAUUAAUAAUGUUUUUUUGUAGUUUCCUUAUUUGUCUUUUAUGAGUAAUAGGUUGCGUAUCUUUUUCCUCAAAUAAUUCAUUUUCUGUGGAUGUAUUAUCUCCAUAGGCCUCUCUGCCAAGGGCGACGAUUGUGGAUUUAUCCUGUAACAAUUUAACUAUACUCUCGGUGAGAAUUUUGUAAUCUAUAUUCUAAUGCGACACUUAGAACCAGAAACAACAUUAAUAAUCGAGACGAGCGUCUACACAUAAAAUUUGCACUGUAGGUUGCAAAAUUAAAAAAAAAUCUUUGGAGGAAAUGUUGCUAACGAAUACAGUACUCUAGCGAAGACUCCAUUGAGGUUCGAAAAAUCACAAGUUAUAUCCGCUGCGAUGUUGGUAUUAUGUUGCGUCCAUAUCCAGUGCAUUCAAACGGUGAUUAAAAUGACCAGCUGUUUAUUUGAAAAAUCGAACGGGAAUUGUUUUCAUUGUCGGGAAUUCGAAAGAUUCUUUCCUGGCGCCAGAAAUGAUUUGGGAUUUUUAAAUGCUAUUUAUUGCCGCUGAGCCCUUUCUGCAGAUAUAAAUUGGGAAUUUAGCACUUUUUGCAUUUAAAGUAUAUUUUACAGUCCAUGCUGGCCUAUUUAUAAUAUUUUAUUUAUGAUGCUGUUAGGGUAGUUAAACAAUUUAAGUAUGACAGCUGAAUAUGAAGGCUGCUAACACAUUUUAAGGAAAUUCUGAAUGUAUAAUUAAAAGUAUUUUUACUAAAAUUUUUUUUGACAAAGGGUUUUAGUGUUAAUAAUGAUUAUCUCUCAGUGACAAGCAAGCAGGUUUAAAUUUUAUGUGAUAGAGUGAGUUGACAUUGUGAGAAAAAUGUUUAAACAUGUCUUUUUUUUGUUGGCUUGGAGUCCUGAGAAUUUCAUCUUAAAAGAUACAUCCCCUGGUUAUUUACUAAAAUUGCAGUGCCUUUUUAGCUUGGCAGUGUGCUUAAUUUAUAGUGCAAAUUAACCUACAGGAGAUAUUGGUCACUGACAGAUGUAAAAGGUGGUGUCAAGGUGCAAUGAUAUUGGAGUUAUAGUUUUUUUGCAUCUUUUUAAAGUCACAGAAUUGCAAUGUACUUUUCUCAAAUAAUUUCAAAGGUGACUAAAAGCAAGAAUAGGCCAGAGUAAGCAUGAAUUAGAGUUGAUAAGAUAAACAUGAAUUGCGAAUGAGGAAUUUGUGAAAUUUAUACCAAAUGCAUGCAUAUUUUUAAGCUGUAGAAAUCUUUAUUUAGCUGGUGGCUUUUAGACUUUAUAAGAACACUAAUUAUUAUUUCUUUAUUACAAAAAUAUAAAUUUCAAGAGGUCUUUAAAUUUCCCUGCUCCCAUUAGUCUUAAAGCUCUCUUAAAGAGAUCACUGCUAGUAGAAAAAAAUUAAUAGGUGAGACAACUUACCUUUACAGUGCGUCUCUCCACCCAGGAUUACAAAUGGAACCUACCAAUUGUCAGGGAAGCUUGAUGAAAUUUUAUCCCACUAGAGCCAACCUUGUGAUGGACUGGUAUCCCAUCCAGGGGGGGAGUAGUAAUCUAGUUGUUCCAUGCUAUGGAAACUGCUGUUAGCUGCAGCUUGAGUAUAGACUUUGUGUACUUACACUGUACCUCAACUGCAACUCAAUUCAUCUGUGGGGGGUUCAUUUUAAAUGUUGAUUGCUUCUUAUGACAACAAACAAUUGCAAUAAUCCCUUUGUGUUAUGCUUUACCUUUUUAGAAUCCAUUUUGCCCCUUACGACACUUAGUACAACUGGGCUUAAGCAACUCAGUUCAUCUGUAGAUGGUUAAAAUGUUGAUUCUGUCUUAUGACUACAAACAACUGCAAUAAUCCCUUUGUGUUAUGCUUUACCUUUUUAGGAUGCAUUUUGUACCUUACGACACCUAGUACAACUGGACUUAAGUAAGAAUGCUCUCACAGAACUUCCAAAGGACUUUGGUAAUCUUAGCCAACUGAAGCGACUUGACCUCUAUAGUAAUCAGCUGAGCUCCUUGCCAGUUAGUUGUGUAAGCCUCAGGGAGCUGAGAUGGUUGGACUUAAAGAAUAAUCCUAUGCAAACGUUAUUGCCAGACAUCAUUGGAAAUUGUUUAAAGGAAGAAGAGUGUAGACAGUGUGCUAUAAAUGUAAGUACAAUAACUCUUUUUUAUGUUUGAUUUAAUAUCAAAUUUGAGGGAACAACACAUCUUAGUCUUAAGUCUUUUAUGCUAUGCAGGAGAUUACUGCUCCUCUUGCAAAUGGGUAAACUGUCUUGAUAAGUAUCAAAAGUACUGGAUGAGCAUCUUGGAAAAGGUGCAACACACUUGGAUAAGAACACUGCUGUUCGACAUACAGCUUUUUAAAUCAAACUUAAGCAAUUUAAUGAUGUCAUGAUUUCUUAGAGAAGUUGUUAAAAGACUGCUUCAUUGUAAGUUUAGUGACAAAUGUCAGUCUGUAAUCACAUGUAUAAAAACAGACAGAAUUGGACAACACAAAGUCCUGUUACCAAUAAAACAAAAAUAUGACAAAAUUUGAGAAAGAAACUUAGACAUCAAUUAUAGGUGUUCAUAAAAAAAACUACAGUUAACUCGGGGAAAUGGGAGGCAACAGUGCUCACACGUGACACAUUCUGUCUCACACAGGCAUGACAAGUUAACUUUCCCUUUAAUUGUUUAAUUGGUGUUCAAAUUGGGCUGAUGAUAACCAAUUACAUGUAAGAAUUCUGUUAUAGUUUUGCUUAAAAUAUAUAUAAAAUCUCAUAACAAUUGUUAGGUGCUGACUUAUCUUAAAGUGUUAGCUGCUAAUGAGGAACAGGAGAACCAAGCAAGGCUAAUAUUAGAAAGAGGUGAGCAUGCAUGCUUGUACUUAAGAUGCAUUGAUCAACAGUUUAACCAUUAAUUUCUGGUACCCACUGUAUUUUUGUGCAAAUUUAAUUGGUGGAGUGACUGUGGAAGGUGACAAAUUGUGAAUGCAACAGUUUUUGAUACCUGGUUUCAUCUCACUCCUGUGCCACAAGUUUUUUAAUCCUCAGAAACAAGUUCACCAUUUUUGGGUCAAAAAUUGAUACUGGGCCUCAAAUACUCAAAAAAAAUGUUUUUACUGUGAUUAACAUGUGAUUUGUGUAUUUAGCUGUUAUUUUAUUGGAUUGUAACCCUAACUCUGUAAACCCUUAGAGAGACCAGUAUCUAAUUUCAGACCCCACAGUAAUACUGCUGAAUCAUUCAUAAAGAUCAUGAGAAUAAAAUGAAUGAUUGCUGAGCUGAGAAACUUAAAUUGUUAAGGGAACUCUCCUUGUCAUUACCAAAGGAAAUGUAAUUCUAUGGAAAUGAGUAUGGGAAAGAUGGAUAUUGAUGUUUGGAUGUAAAGGUUAACACUGGAUUCUUCUUGUUGUAGAGCAAAAAGCACUUGAGAAAGAGAAAGAACAAGAGCAAAAACAACUUAGAAAGAGACAGAAACAGCAAGAAAAACAACUAAAAAGAGAAGCAUAUGAAGCAAUGGAAAGACAGAAAAAAAUGAUGGCAGAAGAAACUGACAAGGCUAUAAAAGGUACAAAAGUCCUUUCUGUUGAUAGAACUAAUCAUAAUGAGAUAGAUUUGAACUGACAGGAAUAAUUUUAAAGCCUUCCAAACAAUACCAUUUCUUGCUUUUUUCGUUUAGCUCAAGAAGAAUUCAUGGAAACCAGACCUGUUAAACCAGAGGCUCCAACCCAAGGUAGGAUUUUUUAUCUUAACCCUUUAACUCCCAUAUCAAAUUUGUAAUUCUCCUUACUGUCAACCAUACAAUUCUUAUAAUGUUAGUUCAGAGAAUUUAGUAUUGAAUCAACUAAUUAUCCCCCAAAUUGAUAUUUUUCUUUAUUCUCAUCACUUAUCUGGUUGAUAUUGUAUGGAUAUUGUAAGGAGAAAUUCUGUCUUGGUCACUCGUGGGAGUUAAAGGGUUAAGUAAGAGAGACACUGAUUGAAGGCACAAAAAUCUGAAUGUUUUUGUUGUUAUAUAUGCCAGUGACUCAAAGGCUAAUGAUCAAAUGAACAGGUUAUUGUAAGACUGGCAUGAAGAAGUGCUUUGGCUGUGCAAGCACUUUCCUUUCCUGUAACUUUUUUUUUUUCAUAAUUCUAAUGUCAUGUUCUAUUGGGAUCAACUGUUCCAGCUACAAGCAGAAGCUUCACAUGGUUAAAGUCUCCUUAGAGAAUACUUUUUGCAUGUAAAUGUUGAGACAGUAUGUUAUUACAUGUACAUUGAACUCUGCAUACUACGUAGUUGCAGCAUGGAAAGGCAUGGUUUAGGCCAAGACUAAGUUUGAUUCUUUCAACCUUUCAACUCUCAAAAAUGAUAAACAUAUAACUUCUCCAUAUGAUACCAUUCAUGACAUGAGUCAAUUUCAGUGAACUGGUAAUGAGAAUACUCAAACUUAUCUGGUAGAAGUUAUUAUCUUGAUCUAACAUAAAAUUCUUGUAACUAAUUAACAAAAAAAAAAUUGUAGGUGCUAGUGGAGAAAAUUAUCAAUCAGAUCAUUAGAGUAAAAGGGCUAAUGACAGUAGAUGCAUGUAAAAUUUUACUAUAAUUUUUCCCAUUUCUUGCAGAGGAAGAUGGAGGGUUGAUGGGACUGUUAUUGAUUUGCACACUUCUUACUCUGGGUGUUGCCAUGGCCAUUGUUAUCUUCUGUCAUCAUGAUGCCACUUGCCAUGAAUUGUUAUCAUCAUUAUCAUCUUGACAACACCUAAUUGUGUCAGAGAAUAGUUUAACUAUAAUAGAAUUACAAUAUGGUCAGAAAGGUCAGAGUCAGAGUUGAAAUAUUGUGCUUUUAAAUGAUUUCCAAGCUAUGGAGUUGAAGAUUAAUUGAAAGUUCUAAAAUGCAGUUUAGGUCAUCAGCAGUCACAUAACCAAUUUCUUGUGAUACAAGUGCAGGUGAUGUUCUGUAGUUGUUAGAAAUAGAUAAGCCAAAGUGGAGGGGGG